CUUGGUGUCUCCGGAUGGAACAAGGCUCCGUCUCAUCGAUCCGGUUCGUCCCAGGCUACGUCUUCGGCAGUUCCUUCCUCUUUGCUACUCCAUCGCCGGUCCAAGAAGCCGCUUGCUCGUUGCCUGCUCCGCAGCCCCUCCGUCUCUCCUUUACCGGAAUCGGGAUCCGGACCGUCCUUUUCUUACGGAAAAUACGAUGAAAUCCUUGACGUACAAAGGAUCCAUUCCAGAUGCAAUUAAUCAAUCAAGAAGGGAGAAAAAACUAUUUGUUGUCUACUUGUCAGGUGAAGAUGAGACUUCACGUGGUUUGGAAUGUUCAACAUUGGUUGAUGAACAUGUGGCCCAAGUGAUAGGAAGAUAUUGCAUAUUCUUGCAUCUGAAACAAGGCAAUGUUGAUGCAUUGCAAUUUUCAGCCAUCUAUCCACAGAAAUCUAUACCAAGUGUAUCUGUAAUUGGACUGAAUGGCGUUAUGUUAUGGAAUCACGAGGGAUAUAUUAGGCCUGAAGAUCUCAAAGAAAACAUUGAGAAAGCUUGGGCUGCCCUUCAUGUGCAGGAGACAGAAGCAACCUUGUUAACAGCAUCAAGAAUGGCUGAACCUGUGAAUACUGAUUCUACCUCUCUGCCUGCUCAAGAUGGUUCAUCUACUUCAGAAAAUCAUUCUAAUUCAUCAAGUAAAUCCAUUGGCUGUUCGGCAGUUAGUGAAUUUGAUAAUUCUACUGAUUUCGUAGCAGUUGCACAAACACCUAAUAGCACAGGCCAUGCUGUACUUCUCAAGAUAAAUGAACAAGAAAGCUCGGAAUCAGAUUCAGCUCCAGGCGAUAUAAGUGUUGAGGAAAAGCUAGAUUCAGCAUGUAAGGCUGCUUUGCCAGAUUGUUCAGGGAGUUCAAACGUGGACAGUUGCAAAAAUCCAAUUCAAAGAGACAGUACACUGUCACCAAAAAGAAAGAAUAAAGUGAAUGGAAGUGGCACUGCAGCUCCUUCAGAGCCAAUUCCUAGCAUAACCAAUGAUAGAAGUAUUUCUUCAAAGUCACCUGUGGAACAAGAUAAGGCGACUUCAAGCACUCCUACUGAACUGACCACAAAUUCUGCAAAGAAAGAUGAUAUUCAGCUGGUGAUUCGUAUGUCUAAUGGACCUAGCCUACAGAUUAAAUUGACAAAAGGAGAUGUUUUAAGGAAGGUGAAGAAUUUUGUGGAUGAAAACCAAGGCAGUGGGGUUGGAUCAUAUAAUCUUGCGAUGCUUUACCCAAGAACAUUAUUCACGGAACAAGAUAUGGAGAAAACAUUGUAUGAGCUGGGUAUUGAAACCCGCCAGGCUCUUCUUGUUGUUCCAAACCAUCAAUCUGUUAAAGUUCCAAGGCAUCAAUUGUCAUCACCAUCCAGAGGUUUUGACCGCCAUAAGGAUUCUGACAAUUCAGGCAGUUCUGGAUAUUGGGGUAUUCUGGGGUCAGCCCUAUCAUACAUUAAUCCUUUGUCUUACUUAAGGGGAGAUCCCACUUCAUCAAAUCCUGAGCAACUGGGAAAUGAAGGCUCCCAGCAGUACAGACGGAGCUCUAGUCCCUUGAAUCAUCCUGGAACGGAGGCAGCUUCUGAACCUCGACCUCUUGCCAGUAACCGGAGCCAAGAAACAGCUAGUCAUAGCUCUGGAAAUUCCUUGAGAAGGCGGCCCCGACAGUUUGGUGCCAAUAUUCACACUCUGAGCAGUGAAGAACAAGGUCCAUCUGAUGAUAGAAAUGUUUUCUGGAAUGGGAAUUCUACCGAGUUUGGAAGCGAUGACAAGAAAUAGUGUUAUGAUAUCAGAAUGAAGUUGAUACCUGAUCCAUGCAUGAAUUAUUGGGAAAUAAAUAUGCCGGGAACAAUCUGUACUAAUUACGUGGUUUAAAAGAGUCACCUUGUAGCUCACUUCGGCGGCAGUGAUUAUGCAUAAUACCGAGCGGUGUUAUUUCGCUGUACAUCAUGCUCUUAAUGUUUAGUUUCGUGGUUGGGGUGAUUUCUCUUGGCUCGCACAAAAGCACAGUGAAAAGAAAUGCUUUUGGUCGAAA